GAAUAAAAGUUUUUAUCAUCAUAAUCAUCAUCACCAUCAUUAGUGAUUUAAUUUUUUUCCAAUUAAAACAAAAUCACACAACCAAAUCAUUACAAUGAUUAUGUUAAUAACAUUAUCAACAGGCUUAAGGCCUAAAAAUUGUCGUUUUAAUUUUAUUUUUUUACAAUCAAUAAUAUUGAUUCUUUUACAGGCAAUAACAGUGAUUAAAUGUUCAUCAUAUGGCCAUAAAACAUCAUCAUCAUCAUUACAUACAGCUACACCGAUAAAAGCGGCAAUAAAUUCACAUCAUAUUGUUAAUCAUUAUGAAAUUGAUACACCAAAAGAACCAUAUAAACCAAAUUUAAUUGAAGUUAAAAGUUCAGUACCAAUGUUUCAUAUAAAAUUUACAUCAGCAUCAAGUAAAGUGAAUGUUUUUCAUCAACAUGAAUCAUCAAAAGGAAAUAAAGAACCAAUUGAAUCAUUUUCUGAAGAUGAACCACAUAUUUUACGUCAUCAAGUGGUUAAACCAAUUGUACAACAAAUACAUGAAAUUAUAACACCAGUAAGAAAAGUUGUACAAGAAAUUAAACCAGUAGUUGAAACAAUCGAUUCAAUUAUAUCAAGAUCAUCAUCAUCAUCGAAAAAAUCGAUGAGUAAUCGAUCAACAAUGUCUAAUGGACUAUCAAAAACAAGAAUAAAAUCAUCAUCACCACCAUCAUCUCCACCACCAUCACAAUUAUCAUCACCAAAUUCUAAUAUUGAUCAACAGGAUAUACAACAACAUAAAGCAUUUAUUGGUGAUCUAACAUCAUGGUUAUCAUCGGCUGCAAGAAAACCUGAUCUAUUAGUAUCGAAUGAAAAUGAAAUUUUCGAUAAUUCAUUAUAUAAUGGUGCAAAUGAAUAUGAUUUAAAAUAUCCAUCACAAAAUAGUGUUGAUUCAUCAUCAUCAAAUGAAUUUCGUUUAUAUGAAGAUUAAGAAUUGUUUUGGUUUUAGAUGAAUAUAUUUUUUUUUGU